AUGUUGUUCUUCUCCUACUUCAAGGAGCUCGUGGGGAAGGAGGUGACAGUGGAGCUCAAGAAUGACCUGGCAAUACGUGGGACGCUCCACUCUGUUGACCAGUACCUCAACAUCAAGCUCGAGAACACCUGUGUUGUCGAUCAGGACAAGUAUCCCCACAUGCUAUCAGUGAGGAACUGCUUCAUCAGGGGCUCGGUUGUGCGGUACGUGCUGCUCCCACAGGACGGUGUGGAUAUCGACAUCCUCCACGACGCCACCAGGAGGGAGGCGCGCGGAGGCUGA